CAACCCCUGGCGCAAGGAAGGCAGCGAGCAAUGUGUUGGUGACAACAAUACCAAUCUCUGUUUAUAUUUAUAUAUAGCGGAGAGAGAAACCCCACUUGCUCAAGCCUUAGCCCCCAAUCCGACCUCUGAGGUUGAGGAGAGCAGAGGUGGUGGAGGCGGCGGAGAUGGUGGCGGCGGCGGCGGCGGCAGCGGCGGGUGUGGAGGGCAAUGUGGAGUUCAUCCGCGCGCGCAGCGACAAGCGGGAGUACCGCCGGGUGGUGCUCCCCAACGCGCUGGAGUGCCUCCUCAUCAGCGACGCCGACACCGACAAGGCGGCGGCGUGCAUGGAGGUCGGCGUGGGCUCGUUCAGCGACCCGGAGGGGCUCGAGGGCCUCGCCCACUUCCUCGAGCAUAUGCUAUUUUAUGCCAGUGAGAAAUACCCUGGUGAACAAGAUUACACGAAGUAUAUCACAGAGCAUGGUGGCUCUUGCAAUGCGUUUACAAGUUCGGAGACAACAAAUUUCUAUUUUGAUGUCAAUGUGGCCAAUUUUGAAGAAGCGUUAGAUAGAUUUGCACAGUUUUUUAUUAAGCCUUUGAUGUCGGAAGAUGCUGUUCUUAGAGAGAUUAAGGCUGUUGAUUCUGAACACAAGAAAAAUUUGUUGUCUGAUGGAUGGAGAAUGUAUCAGCUCCAAAAACAUCUGGCUUCAAAGGAUCACCCUUAUCAUAAAUUCAGUACUGGGAGUUGGGAAACGCUAGAAACAAAACCAAAACAGAGGGGACUGGACAUUAGACAGGAGCUUCUGAAGUUUUAUGAGAAUUAUUCAGCAAACCUUAUGCACCUUGUUGUUUAUGGAAAAGAGAACCUUGAUUGCAUCCAAAGCUGUGUUGAUCGCUUGUUUAGUGACAUCAAAAACACUGAUCAGAGAAGCUUCAAAUGCCCAGGUCGACCUCUUUCAGAGGAACAUUUGCAGCUUAUUGUCAAAGCAAUCCCAAUAUCCGAAGGUGAUUAUCUAAAGAUAUCAUGGCCAGUUACACCUGACUUACACUUUUACAAAGAAGGCCCUUGCCGUUAUCUCAGUCAUCUAAUUGGGCAUGAAGGCGAGGGAUCCAUCUUCCAUAUUAUAAAGGAACUAGGUUGGGCUAUGAAUUUGUCGGCUGGGGAGGGCAGUGACAGUGCUGAGUACUCCUUUUUCUCAAUUAGCAUGAGGCUGACUGAUGCUGGUCAUGAACACAUGGAAGACAUCGUUGGAUUGGUCUUCAAAUAUAUUAUUUUACUAAAAGAAAAUGGCAUCCAUGAGUGGAUCUUUGAUGAGCUUGUGGCGAUAAAUGAAACGGAAUUCCACUAUCAGGACAAAGUCCAUCCAAUCAGCUAUGUGACAGAUACUGUCUCAACGAUGCGGUUAUUCCCACCAGAAGAAUGGCUGGUUGGAGCAUCAUUGCCGUCCAAGUAUGCUCCAAAUAGAAUAAAUAUGGUACUUGAUGAGUUGUCAGCUGAAAGAGUAAGGAUACUCUGGAAAUCUAAAAAAUUUAAAGGAUCUACUGAUUCUGUUGAGCCAUGGUAUAGUACAGCAUAUUCUGUUGAAAAUAUCACUCCUUCUACGAUAAAGGAAUGGAUUCAAAAAGCUCCUACUGAGAAGCUCCAUAUCCCAAAGCCUAAUAUUUUCAUUCCAAAAGAUUUAUCACUUAAAGAAAUGCUUGAAAAGGUUAAAUUUCCAGUAAUACUGAGAAAGACACCGCUUUCACAGUUGUGGUAUAAGCCCGACACACUGUUCUCCACUCCAAAGGUUCACAUUAUAAUUGAUUUCCACUGUCCAUUGUCAAGCCAUUCCCCUGAAGCAGUUGUCUCGACUAGUCUAUUUGUUGAUCUGUUAGAAGAUUACUUGAAUGCAUAUGCCUAUGAUGCUCGAAUUGCUGGUUUGUUUUAUUCAAUAGAUCGCACGUCUGCUGGAUUCCAGGUCUCAGUAGGUGGUUACAAUGACAAGAUGCGGAUUCUGCUAGAUGCCAUUAUGAAGCAUAUAUCUAACUUUGAAGUUAAACCAAACAGGUUUUGUGCCUUGAAGGAAACUGCUGUCAAGGAUUACAAAAAUUUCAACUUCUGCCAACCAUACUCUCAAGCUUCAUACUAUCUAUCCUUGAUAUUGGAGGAUCAAAAAUGGCCUUUAUUUGAGAAACUUGAGGCUCUUUCUAAGCUUGAUUCAGAUACUCUUGCAAAGUUCAUACCACAUUUGUUAUCGAAGACAUUUUUGGAAUGCUAUAUUCACGGGAACAUCGAACCAAAUGAGGCUACCUCUAUUGUACAGGAGAUUGAAGAUACUAUAUUCAAUACCCCUAACUCAGUGUUCAAAUCCAUGCAUCCAUCACAAUAUCUGAUUAAAAGGGUUAUCAUGCUUGAAAAUGAGUUAAAGUGCUACUACCAAAUUGAAGGCUUAAAUCAGAAGAAUGAGAACUCAUCAGUGGUUCAAUAUAUUCAGGUACAUCUGGACGAUGCCCUUUCAAAUAUCAAACUUCAGCUGUUCUCUUUAAUUGCAAGCCAACCUGCCUUCAACCAGCUGCGAACUGUUGAGCAACUUGGCUAUAUAGCAGGACUUUCGCUAAGAUCUGAUUGUGGAGUCUGCGCGCUCGAGGUUGUCAUUCAGUCCACAGUAAAGGACCCUUCACAUCUUGAUGCUAGAGUCGAUGCAUUCUUCAAGAUGUUUGAAAGCAAAAUCCAUGAACUAUCAGACAAGGAUUUUAAGAGAAAUGUAGAAUCACUUAUCGAUUCGAAACUGGAGAAAUUCAAAAAUCUGUGGGAGGAAUCCCAUUUCUAUUGGGGGGAGAUUGAGGCAGGAACUCUCAAGUUUGAUAGGGUCGAAUCCGAGGUGGCUCUCCUAAGAGAGCUCAGGAAAGAAGAAUUCAUCGAAUUUUUUGAUCAGUAUAUAAGAGUUGGUGCGCCUCAAAGGAAAACAGUAAGCGUGCAGGUCUUCGGCGGCAAACAUUUGGCAGAGUUCAAGGCAGCCAUUGCCGAAGUUGAUCCACCCAAAACUUACCGAAUCACGGAUAUAUUCGGCUUCAAGCGAUCCAGGCCUCUGUACCCGUCAUUGAAGGGAGGGCCAGGUCGGAUCACCAUGGACUGACAGGGGACAGCUAGAAUUUGCUACACAUUCAUUCUCGCCGUGAUAAGAUUGUGUAUACGCAUCAACUCGAUUCUAAUUGGCCUGUUCAUGGCCAAAUCAAGCACGAUUGCUAUUAUUCUUGUAUGAUUCACCAAUGAACGUACUUCCGAAUGAAGUAUAGCAUAUGUAGAGACUUGAGUAAUGCACACUUGUUUGGUUGGUUU